CUACAAACUCGAAAGUCAGCUGCGCCUGCAGAGGAACGCCGUCCCCAAUCAUGGUCGCCUCCACCAGCGAACAAUUAACAGCUCUGGCUAACACGACCGUAGUCGUCCACCCUCUCGUUCUGCUCUCCGUGACAGACCAUCAUGCCCGGUCCGUGUCACGUACGUCCUCAAAACGCGUCGUUGGUGUUCUAUUGGGACAAGACAACGGCAAAACUGUCAACGUCGCCAAUUCAUUCGCGAUCCCGUUUGAAGAGGACGAGAAGGAUAGCAAGACGUGGUUUUUGGAUCAUAAUUACAUAGAGGGCAUGUAUGAUAUGUUUAGGAAAGUUAACGCCCGAGAACGGAUGAUUGGCUGGUAUCAUACGGGCCCAAAACUUCGGGCUUCGGACCAGGAAAUCAACGACCUGUUCAAACGGUUCAUCGCCAAACCGAUCAUGGUUAUUAUCGACGUGCGACCAGACACUGUUGGCAUCCCCACAGAUGCAUACUAUGCGGUGGAAGAGAUCAAAGACGACGGUACGGAGACACGGAAAACGUUUUUGCACGUCCCUUCAGCCAUCGAGGCAGAAGAAGCCGAAGAAAUCGGAGUCGAACAUCUUUUGCGGGAUAUUAAGGAUUCGACGACGACGACGCUCGCAACGCGCGUAAGCGAACAGCUUGCGUCCUUACAAGGGCUACAAUCACGACUGCGAGACAUCCACACCUACCUCCUGGACGUGGCCGAGGGCAAGUUACCCGUGAACCAUCAAAUCAUAUACCAUCUCCAAGAUGCGCUGAAUUUGUUGCCUGACCUUAGCGAUGCGACGCUGACGCAGAGCUUCACGUCAAGCACGAACGAUGAGUUGUUGGUGGUGUAUUUGAGCAGUCUAUUGAGGGCGGUGAUUGCGUUGCAUGCGUUGGUGGACAAUAAGGCGACAAUAGGGCGCGCUGAGUUGGAAGACAGCGUGGAUGACAAGGAGAAGCGGACUGUGAAGGCAGAGAACUCCAACUCGAAGGAGUUGGGUAAAUGAGCUAUUUAGUAUUAGUAUUAGUGUGUACAGUCUGGCACGUGAUCACCACGUGUCCGAGAUUGCCUUUGAUUAUGGCAUCCGACUCCCUCUUUUUCCUG